CCUGGGUCUGUCCCAUGUAAGGCUGGUGCCCAACUAGCCAUAUUAUUGCCAGAAUCACAGAAAAUGGGGUUUUGGAGUUUCCUAUUUUUAACCAUACAGAGCAACAGCAUAGUGGAUAGGGUGUUUGCCUUGCUCGCGGCCGACCAGGGUUCGAUUCCUCUGUCCCUCUCGGAGAGCUCGGCAAGCUACCAAGAGUAUCCCGCCGCACGGCAGAGCCUGGCAAGCUACCCGUGGCGUAUUCAAUAUGCCAAAGAGUAAUAAGAUGAAGCAAGCCUGGUGCACCGCUCACGCAGGACUAGGACCCAAGACAGAGUCCAACCUCCAGCAGUCUCCCGGGCUUAGGCCCGCCUCCCGGCUGCUGUGCAUUUCCGUUCCUGCGCACUGCGGCCCCAGAAGCCGGUGGCGCUUGGAAGACAUGGCUGCGUCCCGUUUGCCCCCCGCGACGCUAACGCUCAAACAGUUUAUGAGAAGGCAACAAGUUCUCCUCCUCUACAGACGGAUUUUGCAAGCAAUUCGGCAAGUUCCAAAUGAUUCUGACCGCAAAUACUUGAAGGACUGGGCAAGGGAAGAAUUCAAAAGAAACAAAAAUGCCACUGAGGAGGAUACCAUCCGGAUGAUGAUAACUCAAGGCAAUAUGCAGCUCAAGGAGUUAGAAAAAACACUUGCUUUAGCAAAAUCCUAGCUAUAGCAGCACUAUUCUCCAUGUGGGGUCAGCCCAAAGUCAAGUCAGACUGUUUGUAUGCAUAUAGCACUUGGCAAAAUAUCAGAAGAUGAGGCAUGUCAGACCAGAGAGAGCAAAGAAAUGUGCAGCAGGACAUUUGCAUUCGCACUGAAAAAUAUACCCUGUAUUUUGAAAGUCUUUCUGGAUGUGGUCAGCAGUUUUUGUAAGAAGCAAAAACCAGCGCAGCAGAUGGUUAAUUCGCACAUGAAAUGAUGGUCUACAACAUUAACUAUCAGGAAAAUGCAAAUUAGAACUACAGUAAUAUCCAACUACACAUCCACUGGAAUGGCUAUAAUUUUAAAAAGGGAGAGAGUAACAAAUGUUGAUUAAAAUGUGGAGAAAUGGAACCUUCAGAUGUUGCUGGUGAGAAUAUAAAAUGGGGCAGCCGCUUUGGAUAACAGACUGUCAUGUGCUCAAAAGUUUAAACACAGCUAACAUAUAUGAUUCAGCAGUUCUGCCCUUGGGUUUAUAACCAAAAGAACUAAGCAUGUCUACAAAAAAUGUGUCUAUAAAUGUUCAUAAGCAGCAUUAGUCAUAAUAGCCAAAAAGCCAAAACUAUAAAAAUUCCCAGCAACUGAUAAGUGAAGUAAAAAUGUUGCCUAUCCAUAACAAUAUUAGCAGUAAAAUACUAGCAAUAAAAAAGGAUGAAGUACUGAUAGUUGCUAAAUGGUGAUCAAACCUCGAAACUAUUACUGAAAGAGGCGAGUUAAAAUAUCACCUACAAGUCCAUUUCUAGUAAAUUCCUUUAGCAGGCAGAAACAGUGGUUGUGAAGUAUAGAAUAACAUUGCCACAGAUAGCUUAGGUUUAUUUGGGUUACUCCCAUCACAGUGCUCCCAUUCCUCUGUGUUAUUUGUAACUUCUUUGUGCUCUGUUAACUUGUAAAUAUUGUUUUUCUCUUCUUAAGUCCUUUGCAUAGUUAAUUCUGAAUUAACUAUGCAAUGUCUUUUUUGUAUGGGCACAAGAAGACAGUUAAUUCUAUACUUUUGUAACAUAAGAGGUAAUUGACUCCAAAUUAUAUUUACCUUCUGGGCAUCUGUUCUCUCAACUUAAGCCUCAGUCACCCUUACUUCCUAACCCUCCAAAAGUAGGGUCCCGACGAGGCACUGGAUGGACCCAGGGCAAGCGGUGAGAUAUGCUACUCUGGCAUCGAGAUGGGCCUGGCCAAAGUGCCUACUGCUUAACUAUAAAUUAAGAGCUUGGUCAUGGACAAAUGCUGUCAUGAUCCAAAAACUAAUAACUAGAUUUGGACCCUGCUAGGGUUAGGAAUGAUUAAAACUGGCCUGAGAACCGUAGUCUGAGUCUGGUGAGAUGUUCCCAGGAGAGCUGCCGUACAAGCCUCAAUGCAUCUCUUACUGUGCCCUUACAAAAAUAACUUAUUAAGAUGUUAAUUAAGAUGCUAGGAGAAGACUACCCCUGGGUGGUGUUUCUGCCCUUGAGCCUGAUGGGCAGUCAGGAGGGGCUUUGGAAUACCCUUAGAUGGAGUUUCUGCCCUUGAGCCUGAUGAGCAGAUGGGCUUUCUUAAGUUGAUUUUGCUACCUGACUGGGUGUAGCCUCUACCCCCAGUGCUGGGGGUGGAAAGGCGAGAGAGUAGGAGGAGAUGAGAGAGAGCAGGGCAACUAGAUGGAGAGACUAGUGAGGGGGACAGAGGGAGAAGAAUGUAGAAGAAUACAGGAGCAGGCACUUGGGGAGAGAGAGCCCAGGCUGAGAGAUGGAGCACGGGGAGAUGAGCGGGAGAGACAGGAGGAGACGAGAAUGAGGGCCAGUGUGAGACUAGAAUGGGGAACUCAGAGGUGCUGGGGAGAAUGAAAUAAAUGGCAACUGAUCAAUCAACUGGCUUGGCCCUUGUUUCCUCCUCCUUCUGCCCCAUGGCACAGGCCACCCCGGCUAGGCAAGUGGCCUGAGACCACCCCAACCUGGGCGGGGAGUGGGAGAGUUGUCAGGGCCUUCUCUGGCCGCUCGGAGAUAACAGUGAAGGGCAUGAGGGUAACUGCUAAUGGAUAAGGGCUUUCCUUUUGGGAUGAUGAAAAUAUUCUAAAUCCAGGGCCCAGAGCAAUAGUACAGCAGGUAGGCACAUGCCCAUAUGGUCCCCUAAGCACUGCCUGGAGUGAUGGCGCAGAGCCAGGAAUAAACCUUGAGUGCCGCCAAGUGUGGCCCUAAAAAUAAAAAGAAAAAAAAUACUCUAAAUUCAGAUGAGUGUUGGUUGAAUGACUGUGAAUAUACUAAAAUCCACAAUAACGUGUUUUAUACUUAUGGUAUGUAAAUCAUAUCAAUAAAGUUAUUUUUUUCAAUGU